AACCUCAAGAACCAGAUCAUGACGACCAACCUCUGGGUAGAACAGUACUGGUAUGACUACAAGCUCAUAUGGGACCCAGCAGAGUACGGCGGCGUCAAGAUGUUACACGUACCUUCUGACCACAUCUGGAGACCCGAUAUUGUACUCUAUAAUAAUGCGGACGGUAACUUCGAGGUGACUCUCCUCAAGGCGACCCUCCACAUGAACGGCUUGGUGGAGUGGAAGCCGCCAGCCAUCUACAAGUCGUCGUGUGAGAUAGAUGUGGAGUAUUUCCCCUUCGACGAACAGACCUGUGUCAUGAAAUUUGGCUCCUGGACUUACGACGGCUUCCAGGUGGACCUGCGCCACCUGGACGAGAAGGAAGGAACUAACGUGGUGGAACUGGGGGUCGACCUGUCUGAGUUCUACAUGUCGGUGGAGUGGGACAUUCUGGAGGUGCCGGCGGUCAGGCACGAGAAGUUUUACACGUGUUGUGAUGAGCCGUAUCUAGACAUUACCUUCAACAUCACCAUGAGACGGAAGACCCUAUUUUAUACCGUCAACCUCAUCAUCCCCUGUAUGGGAAUCUCCUUCCUCACCGUCCUAACUUUCUACCUGCCGUCUGAUUCUGGCGAGAAGGUGACCCUCAGCAUCUCUAUCCUCAUCUCACUCCACGUGUUCUUCCUACUAGUGGUAGAGAUUAUACCGCCCACGUCUCUCGUCGUCCCGCUGCUGGGCAAAUAUCUCAUAUUCGCCAUGAUCCUCGUCUCGAUCAGUAUAUGUGUGACGGUAUUGGUGCUCAACGUACACUUCCGGUCGCCCCAGACGCACAAGAUGGCGCCAUGGGUCAAAAGAGUCUUCAUACACAUCUUACCUCGGCUGCUGAUCAUGAAGAGACCUCAGUACCAGCUAAAUAAACACAGCAGCAGUCUCAAAAGUGAAUUUAAAAGAUUGUGGUCUUCCAACGGCAACUCCAAGCCCCUGAACAGUGUCUUCAUGGAGCCUAACCGAGUCAUGAUCCGAACGUGUAAUGGUCACGAGGUUCAAGACAGCUUCUACCGGCCCCAGUUUGACGACCUCAUGUACAAACACAACGACCACCCCCUCCCCUACGACACCCCACUACCCAGAGGACCCAGGAACGACUUCUCCCCGAUGACGGAUGGGCCGUUCUCAACCACUUGUCGCAUCCAUGGGGCAAGCAACAUCCACGAUGACACAUACACUCUGGAGAACUCAGACAAGAGCCCCACUUUCCGCCCCUUCCAACACAACCUCCCUCACUGUUCCCCUGAGGUCCAUCGCACUUGCUGGUGUGUCAACUUCAUAGCCGAACAUACCAGACUCAAGGAGGAUUCCACUAAGGUUAAGGAAGAUUGGAAGUAUGUGGCGAUGGUGCUGGAUCGUCUGUUCCUGUGGAUCUUUACCCUGGCGGUGCUGGUGGGCACAGCAGGCAUCAUCCUCCAAGCUCCCUCUCUCUACGAUGACCGCACUCCUCUCGAUAAAGAGAUUUCCGACGUCUACCGCGCCACACACCGUUUACAAGUCUAAAAUGGUUAUCUGGGCCAGAUUAUGAGUACCCCAUCCUCUCACCCUCCUCCCAGCAUCCUCCCCUAAGUAAGCAAGACUCUUAGCUUCCGAUGACAAGGUGCCUAAGACGAUACUUGAAAAGGGCAUCGUUUGAGGGCCUUGUGUCCCUAGGCGAUGGCAUCGGAGAGAGGGAGUUCCCUGCAUCGUAUCCACUCGCCAGAGACCACAUGACAGUGCUUGGUUUGAUGUUCCAGCAGCGCCUUCCACCUCCACGCAAAGUGUUUGUGUCAUGAGCGGCCGUCAUGUGAGACUGACAGACAGACACAGGAAAAAGAAAGCCAUCUGGCAGUAUCGGGAGAGUUGGGUAAACUUUAGGGAAAUCACAAGUAGAGCUUUAGAUAAGCCAAGUUUUCUAUAAAGCCAUAACAAUUUUGAUAUGUGAAACUGAACUUAAACAGUGUCUAUAAAUAUACAUAAAAUGUUGUGCAAGAUAAAUACAUGUAGAUACACAACCAUACAUACACACAGACAAAUAUGUAGUGACACAAACACACACACACAUGCUUGUACCCUGACACACAAUAAUUAAUAUUUUAAACCCCACUCCCUCCCCCCCCCCCACCCACCCAGUACAGCCAUAGUUACAGCUAAAGUUCUCCGCAGAACACUACAGUAUUGAACAAUCAGUUUUUAUUAUCAGUUGUUCUUACUCAAGUAGGAAGAUACUGUUAUAGGCACUGAACACUGAUCCACUCACUGUAUUGAACCUUGGCAUCAAGUCUUUAUCUCUGAGCAGUAUGUGAGUGUCACUGUGUUGCCUCGGGGUCACAUUCUCCUGCUUGAACAGUGCCAGAAGAAGGUCACAGUUUUGAGUGCCAGGCUGUAAGUGCUAUGUAAGUGUGUCAUCAACUUGAGUGGGUUUUAAUUAGGGCCUCAUAGUUGAUGUUAAAGAUGCAGGUCAACCAACAACACAGAUCUACCAAAACACAGGUCUACCAACACGCAGACACCUCUUCCAACAGUUAAAAACCAACUCUAUAAAUUCAAAGUGUAGAAUACAGUAAUGUACUUUUAAAUAUUUUGUAUUUUAGAAUAGACAAAAUAAUCUCGUCUAAUAAGUGAAAUUAAGUGACAUUGAUUUUUCUGGUGAGGAAGCUUCUUAAGAGAACUCUGUGUGACUUAGAUUAUGAGCGAAGUAUUAGUCAAGCGAUUUAUGUUUGUUUAUACCCUGUACUGUAGUGCGAGGCAAAUAAUGCUCUGUGAAACAAUACUUUGAUAUGCAUUUAACAAAUUGGAUAAGUUGGAAACCUGCAAAUGCCCAGAGAGAAUUGGUCUCGUCCUCCAAGUGCACUACAGCAGACUACAGCUCCAGUGCUCAUGGUGCGGCCAAUACUGUAGUUGUGCUCUUACUGCCACAACUUUAUGUACGCUCUAAACAGACCCCGAGUACAGUAAUCGUACGACACAAGACUUAACGCUGUGUGUCGAGGCGUGAGUGUUUCUCUUUGGUUGGGAGACGUUCUGGUCAGGGCACUGCAUAUUCAGACAGACGGAUUCAAAAAUAUGACCCUGACCGGGGAAUACAUUGUGCUGUUGCCCCGAAAAUGCUACAAAUGCUGCAUUAUUCAGUAUUGGAAAUUUAAUACUGUGAAUUAUCAUAAUACCAAUUUGUUGUUAAUGAUGAUAGAUUGAUGAUAUUUGUGAAGUCAAUGGCAUUGUUAUUAUAGUAAAUUACAGAGUAUUGUUGUUAAAGUCUAUAAUCAGAUUUGUUAAGUAUUUUAUGAUGCUGAGGAAAACUUUUAAGUGUGGGUGACUCCUGACAAUAAUCAUUGCCCAAUCACUAAUAAUUAUUUACUGAUGAUAAUUGUGUCAUUAGGAGUUUAUUUUCUAUUGCAAAACUUUAUAAUAAUUCUUGCCUUUGUCUUCUUGUACAGAAUAUAGGUCAUCUUGUUAAUGCUGAGUGUUUAGUACUGUAUGCUGAGGGUUAGCACAUCUUAGCCUUAUGCAUUGUUGUAAUUUGGCUCAGUUUUCUACUCCAAGACAUGUGAGACGAGCUCAACCUAGUGCUACCUAAGGCUCGCACACAUAUAGCUGACUUAACCUGGUGGAGGUGAUCUUACCAUUGCUCAAGUGUAUAUUCAAAAUUGUUUUAAUUUUUAUCAAUGUUAGUUUAUGAAGAAGAUGGAUCACAAUGACUCAAAAGGUGUUACAUUACAUCAAAAUUCCUCGACAAAAAGAUUUCCUCCACUUUGGAUAAAAAGAUCUAGUAAUUAUAGUUGGACCAUGCAGGUGUUAACCUUUGGUCGCCAUGGCAGACAAGCGGGUACACGAUCAUACCGUUCACUACAUUUUUGAGUGAACUUCAAAUCGGAUAAUAUGGUUUUGAAUUAUCACCUGUGAAAGGAUGAUUAUAUUUACCAGUUGUCCAGUUAGUCAAUAUACUGUACUGUAUACAACAUAAUAUCUGAAAAAACUGCAUAAUGGAACCACCUGUGAAAUAUCCCUAAGCAGUUCAUUCUUAUAUAACUUGUUUGGCUCAUGUUAACCUUGUCCACGCUCUUUUUAAUCAAAAGCUCUUAUGUUGGAUAUUAUCAUAGAGUUUUGGUGUUUAUGUACUUAUAUGGUCGACACAUUUCUCAUCCACACAAUACUGUAGUUCGCAUAAAGUGUUAAAAGUAUUUCAACCUUAACCCGGUAUUGUAUGCCACCAAAACCUCCAUCGUUCAAAUAUUUUAUCUAAGAUAACUGUAAAUUUAACAGUUGGCCCGACACACAGGGAUGACCCUUUUUGUCACACCCGGUAACACCCAGGCUGGAGGGUGACGCUCUCGUUGUCACACCCAGGCUGGAGGGUGACGCUCUCGUUGUCACACCCAGGCUGGAGGGUGACGCUCUCGUUGUCACACCCAGGCUGGAGGGCGACGCUCUCGUUGUCACACCCAGGCUGGAGGGCGACGCUCUCGUUGUCACAUCCAGGCUGGAGGGCGACGCUCUCGUUGUCACAUCCAGGCUGGAGGGUUACGCUUUCGUUGUCACACCCAGGCUGGAGGGCGACGCUCUCGUUGUCACACCCAGGCUGGAGGGCGACGCUCUCGUUGUCACACCCAGGCUGGAGGGCGACGCUCUCGUUGUCACAUCCGGCAACACCUAGGCUGGAGAGCGACACCCGGCUGGAGCCUCAGGUCGCAUGGGGUCACCAGUGUUAUCACUGUGCGGCACAAACAGAAUUAGUCACUCUGUUGUGUGAAGGGCCUCCUCGACAAGCUGACCUGUCUCAACUGUGUUGUGUCAACCUACACAAGUGGCAAAUGGCAGAGAAUUUUAAUUUUUAUUAUUUUCUCCUUUUAUAUAUUUCUAAUAAAUAUUUUGUUGCUUAAUUUUAAAAUUUCUUCCUGUACUUGAGUCAGUUACAAGUGUAAAUUACAUUUAAUGUUAUAAAAAUGGUUUCUUUCUGUGUUACGAGGGAAGGGUAAACUGUCAACUAACUUUCUGUCACCUUCCAUCAACAAACACUAAAAAUCAGAGUUCUUCACCCAAAAAAAAAACCUAUGUAAUAAAAUUAUAUUAAUGCUUCUUAUAAUGGACUGCAGUGGAUAAGUAUAAAUUUUCUUAUACAUUCUUUAGAUUUUUAAUCACAAUACCAAUUGCCAGAGUAUCAGAUACAUGACUUAAACAAUAGGAUGUUGUCACGAGUCUGUGUUGACGCGCCUCACCUCAACACUAUGAAGAUUGUCCCUCAUACCACCAAAUUAUCUGAUGGUUUGCCAACAAUCACGCGUAUAUAAGAGCAAGAAGACAUAGAGUUCGAAGCUGUCUCUCACAUCUCCUCGACUGCCAUGGCUUAGUAACCCAGGUUCAUCGUACACCUUCCUUCACAUAAGUAGUGACAGAACUUGCUCAAACAUCCACUGACAAUGUUUCAGUAUAAUAUUUACUUCACUAAUCUCACCACACACAAAUAAUAAAUUUAGUUUAGGCGUCAGUAGCACAUCACAUCGGCUAAGUUGGACAUUCGGGAGACACUUGGUGGACGCGUCCAUACCCGACUCAAAAACAACAUUGGAAGUCUCGUGAAGUAGUCUGAGAAAUGAUAAUUGUUUCUAUUGUUUGUGGCUGAUGUUGACCUAGUCUUUCUCUGGUGCACUAGUUGUAAUAUUUGAGGUCUGGGACAUUAAUCUCGGUCAAUGUUGAGGUUACUAUAUCUAUAUUGAUGUAGAGUGUUACCAUGACAACUAGAAGGUAGAGUGUGUUACCAUGACAAUUAUAUGAGGUAGAGUGUAUUACCAUGACAACUAUAAGAGGUAGAGUGUUACCAUGACAACUAUAUGAGGUAGAGUGAGUGUGUUACCAUGACAACUAUAUGAGGUAGAGUGUUACCAUGACAACUAUAUGAGGUAGAGUGAGUGUAUUACCAUGACAACUAUAUGAGGUAGAGUGUUACCAUGACAACUAUAUGAGGUAGAGUGAGUGUGUUACCAUGACAACUAUAUGAGGUAGAGUGUAUUACCAUGACAACUAUAUGAGGUAGAGUGAGUGUAUUACCAUGACAACUAUAUGAGGUAGAGUGUUACCAUGACAACUAUAUGAGGUAGAGUUUAUUACCAUGACAACUAUAUGAGGUAGAGUGAGUGUGUUACGAUGACAACUAUAUGAGGUAGAGUGUAUUACCAUGACAACUAUAUGAGGUAGAGUGUAUUACCAUGACAACUAUAAGAGGUAGAGUGUUACCAUGACAACUAUAUGAGGUAGAGUGUAUUACCAUGACAACUAUAUGAGGUAGAGUGAGUGUGUUACCAUGACAACUAUAUGAGGUAGAGUGUUACCAUGACAACUAUAUGAGGUAGAGUGUUACCAUGACAACUAUAUGAGGUAGAGUAUAUAUAUUACCAUGACAACUAUAUGAGGUAGAGUGUAUUACCAUGACAACUAAAUGAGGUAGAGUGAGUCUGUUACCAUGACACUAUGUAUAUGAGGUAGAGUAUGUUACCAUGACUAUAUAAGGUAGAGUGCAUUUCCAUGAUUUUACGAGGUACAGAGUGUCCAAAGACUUGUAUACUGAAUACAGUACAGUAUAAUUAAUUUAAGAUAAAACACAAAAGUAAUUACAAAAAAGAUCAUAAAACUAAAUGUGAUUUUCAACUGCUAUAUAUCCACUAACACCAGUUAGGAGACAAAAUGAAAGUGUAGAUUCUUUAGAGAAAUCAUGUUGCAUGCUAGCUGAAAAUAUUAUUAAAUUAAAUAUUUAAAUUUAUAUAUUUCUAGCUCAUAUAUCACACUUAAUUCACUACCUACCCCUGACAAAUUUAGGCCAGUAAAAGUUAUCAGAAAUUAUUGACUUUAAAAUCCGAAGUGAAAGAUCAUAAUGAGGCUUUUCUUUGGCAAAUACUUAUAUUCAACAGUGAUAACCAUUGUUACUAAGGCAAACUUAUUUCCCUCACCUCUAACACUUACAGCAGUGCACCAGAAGAAUGGCAAGGCAGUCAUCAACCCAUCAAAAAAAUUGGUAGAAUUGCAUCCGAGGCUCAGAAUGUUUCAUCUCGUCACAUAUUUUAUUUUUUGGGCAAUAUUAUUAAAGAGUUUGUUUAUUAGGCUGUAUAUAAUGCGCACCAUGACACGGUUCCACUAACGUUGUGCGUCAAAAGUGAAACACAUGUGGAUUAUUUUAUAUGUAGGAUUCUAACAGUAAUCCUUAUUACUUAAAACACACUCAUUGUGAAUGCAAUUAUAAUACACUUAUUUAUAAAUUCCUAUGACCAGUAUUAAUGCUAUUAUUUCACUGUUACAUUACCCAGCCAGGACUGAUGUACUGUGUCUGGCUUUAAUUAGUCCUUUGACAUAAUUUAACCUAAUCAGAUCUGUCUUCUCAAACUAUUAAUUGUUCAUUUCUUGUACAAUGUAAUAAUAUGUUUUUCCUUGUACAAUGUAUCAAUAUUUUUCUUUGUACAAUGUAAUAUGUUUUUCUUGUACAAUGUACUGUACUGUACUGUAAUAUUUUUCUCGUACAAUGUAUUAAUAUGUAUAUAACUGAUAAAACAUUAAUUUAUGCAAAUUAUUCCUGGUGUAACAACAGUUAAUCUUUUGUUAAAUGUCUUUGAACUGUUUGUGGCUUAAGUUAUGUUUUUCCUCACAGUUUAAUAAUACUUGAAGUAACAAGUAAUUCUGAGCUGCAGGUGAGAACUUGCCUUGGUACCAGCCUGGAGGUGAGGUCUACCGUGUUUACCACCAUCAGGACUGUAAUGUUCUUGAUGUAACCCACAAAGACUGGUUAGAUGCUGUCAUGGAUGGUGUUGACUGGUUAGAUGCUGUCAUGAAUGGUGUUGACUGGUUAGAUGCUGUCAUGGAUGGUGUUGACUGGUUAGAUGCUGUCAUGGAUGGUGUUGACUGGUUAGAUGCUGUCAUGGAUGGUGUUGACUGGUUAGAUGCUGUCAUGAAUGGUGUUGACUGGUUAGAUGCUGUCAUGGAUGGUGUUGACUGGUUAGAUGCUGUCAUGAAUGGUGUUGACUGGUUAGAUGCUGUCAUGGAUGGUGUUGACUAGUUAGAUGCUGUCAUGAAUGGUGUUGACUGGUUAGAUACCCUCAUGGAUGGUGUUGACUGGUUAAAUGCUGUCAUGGAUGGUGUUGACGAGUUAGAUGCUGUCAUGGAUGGUGUUGAUUAGUUAGAUGCUCUCAUGGAUGGUGUUGACUGGUAGAUACCCUCAUGAAUGGUGUUGACUGGUUAGAUGCCCUCAGUCAGUGAGGGACUCAUUACCUAACCAGUUAAGGGUUACUCAUCCUCACAGUCAGUCAGAUGGGAUGAAUACCAUAACCAUUGAGGAACGAGUGACUCAUCCUUCAGUUGGUUAAGACAGGUAAGCCGUGCCUGAGAGGAAAGGGUCAUGCCAGCGUGAAGGUCUUCACUGCAGCUCAGGAGGAUAAAGGUCUGCUGGACCAGCGUGGGGCGAGGCUCAGGUGGCCCCGCCCACUGUCAAACUCUCGCAUUCUGUUGGACUGCGCUCUGUAGCCAUUUGUUUAUAAUUUACAUUUAUAGGAGAAUGAAAUAAUAUACAUAUGCAAUGGC